CGCGCCAACCCUAACGCCUUCAGAUUCCCGCUCUCUCUCUCUCUCUCUCUCUCUCUCUCUCUCUCUCUCUAGCAGCAGGGGGAAGAAGGGAAGCGAAGAGAAAGAAGGAGCCCUAGAAUCUUCGAUCGAGCUUAGCCUGCGAUCACCGAUGGCGGACGAGGUGGAGGCGACGGCGGCAACGGUGGCCGAGCUGUCGAUGAAUUCUGCUCCGUCAUCGGAAUGCCCGUCCGCAGCGGACUCUAAGAGCAAAAAUGCUCUGAAGCGAGAAGCUAAGAUGAAGCAGAAGGAGGAAGAGAAGAGGCUCAAAGAAGAAGAGAAAAAGAAGAAGGCUGCCGCUGCAGCAAGUUCACAGGCUCAAAAACCGCAUGCUACAGAUGAUGAUGACCUGGAUCCAACGCAAUACUAUGAAAACAGGUUGAAAGCCCUAGAAGCUUUAAAGACAUCUGGAGUCAAUCCGUAUCCUCAUAAGUUCCAUGUAUCUCUGUCCAUAAAUGCAUAUGUUAAGAAGUAUGAAGGGUUAAACAAUGGCGAGCACCAGGAAGACAUUACUGAAUCUCUAUCUGGGAGAAUUUUAAACAAGCGAACUUCUUCAUCAAAAUUGUAUUUCUAUGAUCUGCAUGGUGGAGGGGUCAAAGUACAAGUCAUGGCCGAUGCCAGGCACUCAGAGCUGGAAGAAUCUGAGUUUUCUAAAUAUCAUGCUUCCGUAAAGCGUGGAGACAUUGUCGGGAUAACUGGUUUUCCAGGCAAAAGUCAACGUGGUGAGCUCAGUAUUUUUCCUAAGAAAUUCACUGUCCUCUCUCCCAGCCUCUGCAUGAUGCCAAGAAAUAAAGCUGCUCCCGGAAAGGAUCAUCAGUCCAAAAAGAGUGAUGGGCAGGCAACUGAUGCAUGGACCCCUGGAAAUCCUAGGAAUCCUGAAGCAUAUGUUGUAAAGGAUCAGGAAACACGAUAUCGUCAGAGGUACCUUGAUCUAAUGUUGAAUAAGGAGGUUAGGCAGAUAUUCCAGACUAGAAGUCAUAUCAUCUCUUACAUCAGAAAAUAUCUUGAUGACCUUGAAUUUUUGGAGGUUGAAACACCUAUGAUGAACAUGAUUGCUGGUGGAGCUGCUGCUAAGCCGUUUGUUACUCACCACAAUGAAUUGAAUAUGAAGCUGUUUAUGCGUAUUGCCCCAGAGCUUUAUCUUAAACAGUUAAUUGUUGGAGGACUUGAUCGUGUCUAUGAAAUUGGAAAGCAAUUCAGAAAUGAAGGAAUAGAUUUGACUCAUAAUCCAGAAUUUACCACGUGUGAGUUUUACAUGGCGUAUGCAGACUAUCAAGAUCUGAUGGAGUUAACUGAGCAAAUGCUGUCUGGAAUGAUCAAGAAAAUAACAGGGGGUUACAAAAUCAAAUACCAUUCAAAUGGUUACGACAAUGAACCUAUAGAGAUAGAUUUUUCUCCCCCUUUCAGAAGGAUUGAUAUGAUUGAAGGACUGGAAGCAGAGGCCAACCUUAACAUUCCGAAGGACCUCACCAGUGAAGCAGCUAAUAGAUAUCUAGUUGAUGCUUGUGAAAAGUUUGGUGUGAAAUGUCCGCCUCCACAAACAACAGCUAGACUAUUGGACAAGCUUGUUGGCCAUUUCUUGGAAGAACAAUGUGUGAAUCCUACGUUCAUAAUCAACCAUCCAGAGAUAAUGAGUCCUUUGGCAAAGUGGCACCGGUCAAAACCGGGCUUGACUGAACGUUUCGAACUUUUUGUCAACAAGCAUGAGGUGUGCAAUGCAUACACCGAGUUGAAUGAUCCUGUUGUGCAGCGUGAUCGCUUUGCCCAACAGCUCAAGGAUCGGCAAUCCGGUGAUGAUGAGGCAAUGGCUUUUGAUGAGGCAUUUUGCACUGCUUUGGAUCAUGGGCUGCCACCAACUGCUGGGUGGGGAUUAGGGAUUGACCGGGUUGCUAUGCUUUUAACAGAUUCUCUAAACAUCAAGGAGGUCAUCUUUUUCCCAGCCAUGAGGCCGCAGGAUGAGUCAGAUGCAAAAUUAUUUCAAGGACAAGGUUAAAAGUUGUAGGUCGUGAACGUGUUACUUGGUCGCUGCAGGAUUGGGUGCAACAGUUGGUCUCUUGCGAUUUCACUACAGUUGAAUGCCUGUGAUCGGCCAACAAAUUCUUCUUCAGCUCUAAUUGGAGAAGGUGAUAGGAAAAUUUUGUAUCAAGCAUGUUAAGAAAAUUAGACUUGAUUCUUCAAACUGAAAAUGGUGCACACUUUAUUCAUUAAACUGAUGUAUUGAUUGUCUGCGCAUUUGGGGGGUAGUUUGGCAACUUUGUCAGGACUGGUGCUUCUUAUAUGAUGUGUAAUAUUCGGUCUUGUUUUGUUUGGUAAAA